UCCCCGCAAAGCCUUAUUAAGUUAUGAAACAUAUUUAAAUUAUCACUGCUUCACUAUGUGAUCAUCCGCUAUCAAUGCCCGUAACUAUGGGUCAUAGGUUAAAAGAGACCACCAUUUGUAAUUUCAACAGAGGUUCAGGACAUUUAGAGCAAUAUGACUCUAAAGAUGAAUAUUUAUACAUUUAUCUUAUCAGUUCCUGAAAUUAUUUUGUGUUCUCUAUAUCUAUAUUUCAUUGUAUCAACGAGAUGAUGCUUCAUUCUACCUUUAUCAGUGCCUUCACGGCAAUAUUACUCUUACCUUGGUUAUCCAUUUCCGCACCAACUGUAAACCGGGCAACAACUCCUAGAUAUGUCUUUGCUCAUUUCAUGGUAAGCAUUUUCCAAUCGUGGUCCGAGGCUCAUAUUAACAUGUUCUGAAUAGGUCGGAAUUGUUGAGAACUAUACACUUUCAGACUGGAAAAUGGAUAUGGCAUAUGCACAAGAAAUUGGUAUCGACGCAUUCGCAUUAAACUGUGCAAGCAUCGAUAGCUAUACUCCCACUCAACUUGCACUUGCAUAUCAAGCAGCCAACGAAACUGGAUUUCAUGUCUUUAUAUCAUUCGACUUUGCGUAUUGGAAUAAUGGGAACACCAACAACAUUACAGAUUAUAUGAAUAAAUAUGCAUCUCAUCCAGGACAGAUGCAAUAUAAUGGAGGAGCUGUUGUCAGUACCUUUGUGGGUGACAGUUUCAAUUGGGCACCAGUCAAAGCUGGAACAAAUCAUUCAAUUUUCGCUAUUCCUAUGAUGCAAGAUCCGAUUGAGGCAACUUAUCAACCAACAUCAUUUGAUGGUGCAUUCUCUUGGUUAGCAUGGCCUACAGAUGGUGGAAAUAGUAUUAUACCAGGUCCUAUGACAACUGUAUGGGAUGAUAAAUUCUUUUUAUAUCUUGCUGGAAAGCCUUACAUGGCUCGUAAGUUGCCAUCACUUAAGAGGAAGAAUGCUGUUAACUCUUCUGUAGCUGUUUCACCAUGGUUCUCUACACAUUUCAAUUCCAAGAAUUGGGUUUUCAUCUCCGAAGAACUCAUUACUGAUCGAUGGAAUCAAAUGUUAAAGUUACAACCUGCACUUAUCGAAAUCAUAUCUUGGAAUGGUAAGCAUGGAUGGGACAUCUUAGGGAACUAAGCUCAUGUAUAUCAUAGAUUUCGGAGAAUCUCACUAUAUAUCUCCAGCGGAACCAAAUCACAAAGAUGACGGUUCUUCGCAAUGGGCUGAUGGUUUCCCUCACGAUGGUUGGCGUAUCAUCUCGAAACCAUAUAUCGCUGCAUAUAAAGCUGGCGCAAGUUCACCGACUGUCACACAAGAUCAACUCGUAUAUUGGUAUCGACCAACACCUAAAGGAAUCACCUGCACGAAUGAUACCCUUGGACCUCCAAAUGGUCGUGAAAUGCUCGCUGAUGACAUAUUCGUUACCACGCUUUUAACAAGUCCAGCAACUUUAAUCGUGAGCAGCGGGGAAAAUACACCAGUUUCCAUCAAUGUACCCGCUGGUAUUGUUACCACGAAUUUUACCAUGGGUGUGGGAAAUCAAUAUUUUCAGGUUACAAGAAAUGGUAAACCAAUCUUGAAUGGAUAUGGUGGUUUGGAUAUUGCAGAUACUUGUGAGAAGUAUAACUUCAAUGCAUACGUUGGAUCUUUGAAUGGGACUAGUAAUGCUGGACCACCACCACCAGGUACAACGACAUCGACAAGUACUUUAUCAACUUCUACUUCCACUUCCAGUGCUUCAAGUACCACAUCAACUUCAACCACAACAUCACCAACUACAUCUCCAACUACAUCACCAACUACAUCACCAACUACAUCUCCAACUACAUCUCCAACUACAUCUCCAAUAACCACCACUACUUCCACUUCCACUUCCACUUCCACUUCCACUUCCUUCCUUCCUUCCACUUCCACUUCCUUCCACUUCCUUCCACUUCCACUUCCACUUCCACUUCCACUUCCACUUCCACUUCCACUUCCACUUCCACUUCCUCUCCUUCCUCACCUUCUCCUUCUACAGUCUGCACCUCAGGCUCGGGUCCAGGAAAUUACAUUGGUCUCUGUCAAUUCUGCUGCAAGUACGGCUACUGUCCUCCAGGUCCAUGUACAUGUCUAUCAUAUGGCGCUCAGAUUCCUCCACCCCCCAUUACAAAUCAAACAGGGUAUCCUUUAUCAGGAGAAGAUGAUAGUUAUCUGGGAUUAUGUAGUUAUAGUUGUAAUCAUGGAUAUUGUCCACCGACUGCUUGUCGGUUGGGUUAAUGUGGGAGGGUAAGAGCUGAAGAGUUAUGACUUGGAGAAUAUUGGGAAGAUGUGGUGGUGGGUGUUUUGAUGGAAUGAGGAGGUAACAAGGUAACAAGGUGAAGAUUUGGAUUUUUCUUUUUAAUAUAAUCUAGUUCUUUAAGUGUCGUAUAAUUAGUUCAUGUUUGAAUUCUUUUUACCUGAUCAGUGGCCAAUC